AUGGCCUCAGAAAAGGUUGAAACUGUAGUUGCAGGAAACUAUGUAGAGAUGGAAAGAGAAGAACCCAAAUCAGACUCCAUUAAAAGCAAGUUUUCCAGUCUGUUUUGGCAUGGAGGUUCUGUCUAUGAUGCAUGGUUUAGCUGUGCUUCUAAUCAGGUUGCACAAGUGCUUCUCACACUGCCUUACUCAUUCUCACAACUGGGAAUGGUGUCUGGAAUUGUUUUCCAACUGUUCUAUGGUUUGAUGGGGAGCUGGACUGCUUAUCUUAUUAGUGUUCUUUAUGUUGAAUACAGAACCAGGAAAGAAAGAGAGAAAGUGGAUUUUAGAAACCAUGUAAUCCAGUGGUUUGAAGUUCUUGAUGGGCUGCUAGGAAAACAUUGGAGAAACAUUGGCCUCUUUUUCAACUGCACUUUUCUUCUCUUUGGAUCUGUGAUUCAGUUAAUUGCAUGUGCAAGUAACAUCUACUAUAUAAAUGACAAUCUUGAUAAGAGAACUUGGACAUAUAUAUUUGGAGCCUGUUGUGCCACUACAGUCUUCAUCCCAUCAUUCCACAACUAUAGAAUUUGGUCAUUUCUAGGUCUUGUCAUGACAACUUUCACUGCAUGGGAAAUAAUGCAUGCAAUGUGGAAGCCACAAAAGUUCAAGCUAAUAUACUUGUUGGCAACCGUUUAUGUUCUUACUCUAACCCUACCAUCGGCUAGUGCCGUUUAUUGGGCUUUUGGAGAUAUGCUGCUUAACCACGCCAAUGCCUUUGCUUUGCUCCCAAGAACUGGUUUUAGAGACACUGCUGUCAUCCUAAUGCUCAUUCAUCAGUUUAUUACAUUUGGAUUUGCAUGCACUCCAUUGUACUUUGUGUGGGAAAAAUUCAUUGGAGUACAUGACACAAAAAGCUUGUUCAAGCGUGCCAUAGCAAGAUUACCAGUGGUUAUUCCCAUAUGGUUUCUUGCAAUUAUUUUCCCAUUCUUUGGUCCAAUCAACUCCACUGUGGGAUCUCUUCUUGUUAGCUUCACAGUCUACAUAAUUCCAGCCAUGGCACACAUGAUCACUUUUGCUUCUGCAUCUGCUCGAGAGAAUGCAGUUGAGAGACCCCCAAAAUUCCUAGGAGGUUGGGGUGGCUUAUACUCCAUGAACAUAUUCGUAGUAGUAUGGGUAUUUAUUGUUGGUUUUGGAUUUGGAGGGUGGGCAAGUAUGGGCAUAAAGAGUGUGAAUGCAUCAAUCUUUAAAUAUGGACCUGGUUUUGAUUAG